CUGAAAAUAUCAACUCGAAUUUCCACUUCCAAAAGGAUUUUUCAUCCCGCGGAAUGGCAUUUUUCUCUUUCCCGCUCCGAAAUUAAAUCACGCGCUAAAUCACGCCGUGGCGCUGGGACUGCCUCUCUCUCCAAUUGGCAUGACACGACGCCGACGCGGCGUGUUCGACACGCGGCCAACUUCAAGCGCCGCAGCGAGGGAUCAAUUAUUCGCGGCCGUUCGCACCGCACCGCUCCGCUCUACUCCGUUCCGUUUCGUCCCGUCCCGUCCCGUCCCGUCCCAUCCCGUCCGUCCAUCCCGUUCCGUUCCGUCCCCUGGUCCACAGAGUGCACGGCGUGCGUUGUUCCGUGCGCGUCGUGUCGUACGGCAGCGCGCUCGCUCAGCUGUUGUUUCGGCUGAAGUGAAGUGACAGUACCGCGUCGGUGGUGUGCGACAUGUGGAAAUCAAUUUCGUGAAGGCGGCGGCGGCGGUGGUCGAGGUAGCCCGUGGUGAGCGGCAGCGAGUCGCAACUGCUGUUGCUGCUGCUGCUGCUGCUGCUGCAAAUCCGCGUCGGGAAAGAUGAACGGGAGUCUGGGGAUAACGCGCGGUCCGGAGCAACAUCCACAGCGAUUCGCGGAUUAUUUUGUCAUAUGCGGCCUGGACAAGGACUCGGGUCUUGAGCCGGACAAGUAUUUCGGUGACUCAUUGCAGUGCACACCCUUGGAUCGAGCAUACAAGAGCAAAGUAUUAGGACAUUAUCCAGACUCGGUACCAUGGAAUCCAUUCGACGAACACGCUGUCUGUAUGCUUUGUCUGCCAAGCGGUUUGCGAUUUCGUACGCAAAAGCACUCGGUAGAGCCGACCUUCCACUCGUUUGUCCUCACGAAAGAAGAUGGUCACAGAACAUAUGGGUUCAGCCUCGUUUUCUACGAGGAGUGCCGCAAUCGCAAAAUAUGCGCCGCUAUGCAAACGCUACAGGCGAUGCACAUCACGGAGCUCAGCAGCGGACAAAACGGCACGCCCCCCACUGUAAGGAAGGGUCAGGAUGGACAUAACACGAGAUCGUUGCCACGGCAUUUUAAAUUAUCAGCUCAUUCGCCCGGUGCUGCGUUAGGAUAUUAUGAUUCUACCAAAGACAAGUUGCUAGUGACCAAAUCAAUAUCCUUGCUAUGCCAACAGCCUUAUCUCCAUGCGGCAAAGACGUUCCUCACUAAUCUCUAUAAAUGUGUUCCUAGACAUCCUGGACCUGGUCUUAGUUUAGAAUCUUACGUAUAUAAUCUUCUGUAUAACAUACCGGUACCGUUACCUGGCAAAUCGUUGAAGUUUUUCAUACCUAAUGAUGAACCGGCAAAAUCGCCGCUAGAACUAGUUAUCCAUCAACCUUCUCCAUCGCUGGAGCUACCGAUGUUGGAUUAUCCUCUCAAGGAUGUGUUCACAUGGUUGGGUGCAGACUGUCUGAUCCAAUUAUUUACGUGCGUGCUGUUGGAGAACCAAGUUCUCUUGAGGAGCGCUGAUUUUCACAAGCUGAUGGUGGUAUCCGAGUGUAUAACGGCGCUCCUGUUUCCUUUUUCAUGGCAACACGUCUACGUGCCGAUAUUGCCCGCUAGUCUGCAUCACUUUCUGGAUGCACCUGUGCCCUUCAUAAUGGGUUUGCAUGCGCACAGUGAGGGUGGUGUAUUGAAAAUCGCUAGCGAAGCAAACCUUUGUUAUGUAGAUAUAGAUAAACAAAGUAGCCAAUUUCCAGAAGAAUUACCCGUGUUUCCUCAUAAAAUGCAAUUUAUUGCUGAGAUCAGAGCGCUUCUAAAUAAGUACAAAAUACCACAUUCGGGAAAGACUGAUAAUAUGGUUAUUAAUUAUUAUAAUGGCGACAUCAUGACCAGCAGCCUGACACUUCCCGGUUCUGGUUUUCAUAUUCCUCGCAGAAAAUAUUCUUUGCACGAUGUGUUAGAUUGGGAUCGACCGGAACCAGGGCCACAAUCGGACAAUUUGCAAAGAAUAGUGGAUAUUGUUAAGAGAACAGUGAACAUGGAUGAUAUUGAUCCUGUAGAGGAUGGACAAUAUACCGCGGAUAAAAUACUCACGCCGCAGGAGGAAUAUCAAGAAACUCUUGUCUUUAAUAAUGCUAUUAGGGAGAUCUUUUUAAAUCGUUUUGUACAAAUGUUUUCUAGUUACGAACAUUUUGUUAUUCAACCAAGUCAGGAUAAGGAUGAAUGGAUAAACAAUAGAGAUAGUAUGCAUGUUUUCGACAAGGCUACAUUUUUAUCUGACCAGCCGACUCAACAUCUACCGUUUUUGUCGAGAUUCUUGGAAACACAGAUGUUUGCUUCUCUCGUCGACAGCAAAGUGAUGUCAACGUGGAGCGAACUCGAUUGUAAUAUUAAAGUUUUCGAUCAAAGGAUCUCCGCUCUAAAAAAGAAAGUCGGGGAAAGCAUUAUACGAUCAAUGCGAUAUGAACCUUGCACAAGUAUCACAGAUACGCAACAAAUACUCGAACAGAGAUUAACUAACAUAGACUUUGAAACAAAUCCACCUACGGAGAUUGUUCCUCAUAGAGCCGCGUAUUUUCGUAGUUUUCCAUUGCUGGAUAAUGUCGCAUUGAAUAAAGAGCCCGCUCAAAGUAUACUUCGUAGUAGAAGAGGACAGACACAAUGGAAAUACAAGAUGAAAUCGAUAGAUACGAAUGGGAAGCCUCCAACACCUCAAGAAUCUCAAUCGCCUCGACCUCAAACUAAACUCUCAGCGGAUAUGAGUCCCGCUUUGAUAGCACAAGCUAAUUGGACAUUUGUUGAAAAAUUGCUCAAGGAUUGUAAAUCUAAAACGAAGAGAAUGUUAGUGGAGAAGAUGGGAUCUGAAGCUGUCGCGCUUGGUCACGGUGGCGAAUCUCUGUCUGACGUCGAGGAGAAUACUCUAGUCGCAAGUCUCUGUGAUCUGUUGGAACGAGUAUGGAGUCACGGACUGCAAAAUAAGCAAGGCAAGAGCGCUCUUUGGUCGCACUUGACUAUGUAUCAAGAAUCAGAAGAAUGCAACGAUGCGACCAAAUCUAUAGAUCCCAACUUUCUUUCCCCUGCUAAGAAAUCUCCGAAUAAGUUUUUCGGGAUACCGGAUCGUUUGGUUUCAUCUUUAAGAGGCAAAAGUAUUAUUGAAAUUGCUUCUUACAUCAAGGACAAUUUUAAUGAUUUAUCGAAUUUGCAAUUGGAGACGGAUGUUUCACCAACAAGAGGCACGGAUAAGCACAAAUCUCCUGGUGAAAGGAAAACUAUUGGUCCUGAACAUUUGAGACCUCUUCCAGACUCUCUAAUCUUCGAUAUUCGUAAUGUUCAAGCGAUGACUGAUAUCAAGACACACAUUGGAUAUGCGAGAGCAUGGGUGCGAUUAGCGCUUGAAAAGAAAUUGCUGUCGCGCCAUUUGAAGACGUUAUUGUCAGAUACUGCUCUAUUAAGGAGCCAGUAUAAAAGAUCAGCGUUUUUACGUUGUGAAGAAGAAAAAGAGCAAUUCUUAUAUCAUCUUCUGACAUUGAAUGCCGUUGACUACUUCUGCUUUACAAACAACUAUCCGACGACAAAAUUACCGUAUCGAGUAGUAAUAUUUCCUAGUCGAAAGGCAAGCGCCGCUACGACUUCGGCUAAUAGUUGGAUCGCUAUUUCUGGCACACUCUGCGAAACUAAUCCCGUACCCAUACCAAAGGGUGCGCUUGAAUUUGUAUUUCACCAUAAAAAUUUAGGUGUGUUGUCUACGUUACGGAUUGGACAUGACAAUACUGGGUUGUCGCCAAAAUGGAUGGUUGAACAUGUUGUAGUGAGAAAUGAAGUAACUGGGCAUACAUUCAAGUUUCCCUGUGGUCGUUGGCUUGGUAGAGGAAUAGAUGAUGGAUCUACUGAGCGUUUAUUAGUGGGUGCUUUAGUACCUCGUAGUAUUGACAGUGAGGAGUUGGUGGAGUCAUGUUCCACACCUCCACGAUGUAGAUCUCCAAGUAUACCUAGGCGUCCUAUAUUAUCACAAGUUGAAUUGCAACAUAUGCUUGGCGAAGCUGUAAACGCUAUAGUUAAAUAUCACUAUAGAAGAGAGUGUCAAGAUGGUUCUUUGACGGCUCUGUUGUGCGGAGAAGGUGGUCUCGUGCCGUCCUUGGAACAAAUAUUUUUAUUUGGCUUUAAAAAUCAGAGAAUAUUUGGAAGAAACUUUUAUGUGUGGGAUUAUUUCUUACGUGUAAAAGAAAAUUUCGAGAUUUUUCUAUUGGAGGAAAUGAACCAGUACUCUCAUAGACUUAACCCAGAUAAAAAAGCUUAUACGGAAAGGAGCCAAAGAUUCACGAUCCUAAGAUGUUAUUGCCAUCUUAUGGAUCAAAUCAAUACGUUUAGUCAAACUUUAGGAAAAGAUGGAAAAUUUCAGUUAUUUAUCUGUUUAGCAGCGAGAGAGCAGCUUCUUCAUCCAAUGUUACGCCCAAUGAGUGACACACGUUCCACAGCAGAUAUGUAUGAGGAGAAUUCAUUUUUGAGAAAUCCUACGUUAUUGACUUUCCUCAUUCAUAUUCUAGAACCAUUGAGCGAAUUCCAUAUUGUUCUUGAGAAAAGCUUGACUCAUGGAAUUUCAAGUAUAUGUUAGUAUUGUCAAAACGUAUCGAUGUACAUUAAUUUGUUGCAUAUAUUCUGUACUCUUUUGGUAAGUAUCGCAAAUUAUGAAAUAUUUUUAAUCUUAAACCUGAUACAUCCGGCUUUCCAACGUUAUGAAUAAGAAUCUAUUUGUUAUUAUGGCGUCUUUAAUUAUUAAAAUUGAAACGAUCAAGCUUUUCAUAAAUAGAAACAUAUAUGUAUAUCUUUUAAUUGAUGAAACAGCCGAUUAACUAAACAGUAACAAAUGACAAACUCAAUUGUUGUUAUACAAAACGAUAAAAAAGUUGGAAAAUUUCAUUAUUAAUAGAGAGAUUAGAAAGAUUUAAUAUUAGAACCGAAGACUGUUAUGGAGAUGUAGUUGUAUGUACAAUAUGCUUUUAUGAGCAACAAAUUAACGACGAGAGAUAAACGCGAGAUAUAUUAGAUUUAACAUUAAACAAGGAGAAUAUACUUCUCGUCCUGUUUUGAAAACUAACGAUACUAUUGUCAGUGUGAUAAAAAAUUAUUAAUAAUCAGAAUAUAUUUGGCCCCAUCUUGCCAUAAUUAUUAGCACGAUAAAGAUAAAGUCCAUUAAAAUACCAAUGAUACAUUGUGUACCAAAGAUGUGAUCCCAUUUAAUCAUUUUACAUUACUAUUGCUGUUAGAUGUUAAGUUUUUUUAUUAUUAUAUAAUGCUGUAUGUUUUCAACGCAUGCAAAAUAUCUUUUAAAAUAAUUUUUAUACUUGUACAUGCGGACUAAUGGUGGUUUUUGAAUGCGUGAGAAUGUUUUUUGAAUCUAAAGAAUUGUCAUAAUAUUCGCACACAAUGUAACAAGUUCCGAACAAUGAUCAAGUAAAAAAGAAAGUUGGUGUAUGAUUAUUAUUAUUUUUAAUGGCUGUGCUUUCAUAUAUUUGAAAUUGAAUUUAACUUGCGUUGAAUGUGAGUACUAACAUGACAAUUUUACGUUAUAUGUAUAAUUAUUACCAUAAAUAUAAAAGAGAUGUACAUGUUCCAAGAAUUUAUACGUAUAUGCAAGAUCUUAUGACUUUAUUAAAAAUUUUUAUAUGGUUUUAUCUUUCGUGAAUAUUUGGUGAUUUAUAUUUGAGAUAAUUAUUAUUUAACUGAUGUAAUUAAAUUAUUAAUUGAUUAUAUAUAGCAAACUCAUUACAUACGUACAUAUUGUAAUUGUAAUUGCAAUACAAGACGACAAGAAUUGUAUUGCAAAUGGACCAAAAAUAAUUAUAUUUAAUUUACCGUAUUUUUUAACUAUUAAACCAAAAUCAAUUAGAAAGAUUUAUUCAUUUUUUUUUUUCAACAUCCAAUCUACAUUCAUACAAGAAACAUAAACGGAUGAACUUUUUGAUCAAUCAAAUAUUGCCUCCAUCAAAAA